CCAUGGAGCCUGUUCGCUCCUGGGGCCCCGCGCAGGCGGCCGCCUGGCUCCGAGGGCUGGACGUGGCGGUGCAGGGGUACCCCUUCGAGGCCUGGGGGCUCUCGGGGCCUGACCUGCUGGGGCUGGAUGCGGGGGUCCUGGAGGCACUGGGUGUGCGGCCCUUGGGACACCAGGAGCUGCUGCUGGAGGCUGCGGAGCAGCUCCGUAACCUGGACACAGGGCUGGCAGGCACCAGCCUGCGGACACUGACGGAGAGGCUGCAGGAGCUGGCACAGGGCAUCCAGAGCCUGGUGCAGGGGGGGAUGUCAGCAGGGGAUACCCCCCAGCCUCCUUCCCUCACCCUCCUGGCCCGAGUCAUCGACCUGGUCGGGGCUGCCAAGGAACUCUUCUCCUGGCUCAACAGGUAUGGGGCAGGUGAGGGCACCCCUGGGUGCUGGGUGCCCCCCACUCUGGGGGCUGAGCUCUGUCUUUCUCCCAGGUACCUGUUCUCCACCCUCAACGACUUUUCGGCCAGCCGGGACAUCAUUCUGUUGUGUGCCCAGCUGGCAGAGACACUGCAGGCGGACCUUCCUGCAGCUGAGAGGAACAGCGGGAUCCUGCAGAUUUGCCAGCACAUCGUGGGCAUCUGCAAGAGCAUCGUGGGCUGCAGCCCCCUGGUGCUGCUGGACCGCAGGGCUGUGCUGCAGCGUGUGGGGCUGGCACUGCUGCCCGGCCCACAGGGCAGCCCCCCGAUGUCCCCCAGCACCCCAAUACUGCCCCUUGGCCUGCGGCAGAGCCCCCCAACCUCCCCUGACAUGCCAACGCUGCCCCCCAGCCAAUGGAGCAGCCCCUCAGGAUCCCCUGACACCCCAACAGCACCCUCUGACCUUGUGGGGAGCCCCCAUCCACUCCUCACCGCCCGACUGGGCUUUGAGAUCACCUCCACCAGCUCCUGCCUGCACUUCGUGUCUGCCACCACCCCAGAGGCCCUGGCUGCCCAUGGGGCCCACAUCCUGCCUGGAGAUGAGAUCGUGCAGGUCAAUGAGCAGGUCGUGGUGGGUUGGACACCUGCCAACCUGGCGAGGAAGCUGCUGGAGAAGGGGAACAAGGUGACUUUGGUGCUGAAGAAGAUCCCCCUCAACCUGCCUGGCUCACCCCCCUCUCCCAGGCAGCAGUCCCCAGGAGCGUUUUUGGAUGCUGCAGAUUCCCCUGGCACCAGGAGCGGUGAGAGCCCGGGCAGUCCCAUGUCCUUGACCUCCAGCGUUGCGGCCGACUUGGACUCGGGACCAGACUCUCUCCCGGAUCCCAUCACUGACGAGGAGCAGGACGAGGACGAGCGGGAUCUGAGGCUGCCCCAGGCAGCUGUGGAGGAGCUGCCGGGACCAUCUGGACAGGGUGCUGCAGAGGAGGUGUGGGACAGUGGCAGCCCCCUGGGAACCCCCCUGGACACCCCCCUGGGCACCCCUGCUGCCACUGAACCCUGUGCCGCAGAGCUGAGCCCCAGGGCAGCCCCCGCCACGGGGGCUGGGGGAGCAGAGCCCAGCCCUGAAGAGGGCAGCCCGAGCACAGGACGCAGACCAAAAGGAGUGGCGACCAGGCUGAGCCGCCGGCGGGUCUCAUGCCGGGACCUGGGCCGGGUGGACUGCGAUGGGUGGCUCCUCAAGAAGAAGGACCACGUGGGCUUCAUGGCCCAGAAGUGGAAGCGGUGCUGGUUCGUGCUCAAGGGCCACACACUCUACUGGUACAACCACCCCAACGAUGAGAGGGCUGCAGGACUUAUCAACGUGGCCACCUACAACCUGGAGAGCACGAGGGAGCAGAAGAAGAAAUACGUGUUCCAGCUGUGCCACCAGACAUACAAGCCCUUUGUCUUUGCUGCUGAAACCUUGGCUGACCUGAGCAUGUGGGUCAGUCGCCUGGUAACAGCCAAAACAAAGUACACGUUGGCCCACCAGGCAGUCCCGGACAAGGAGGAAGACUGCUACAGUGAGACAGAAGCUGAGGACCCCGAUGAUGAGUCCCCCAGACACGGAUCUGACUUGGUGAGUGGCCCUGGGGGACGCCCUGGGGACAGAGGGACAGAGUUCCUUGUCUCACCUGCUGCCCCAUCUCUCCCUCAGCCAAGGAAGAGGCUGCAGAACACCCUGGAGAAGGCACAGCUCUCCCCAGCCAGCAGCCCCCAGGGCAGCCCCCGGCCCUGCUCCCCCAUGGACCCCGCCGGGGAGAAUCUGGAGAGCCUGGUGCGGUGCCUGAGGCAGGGUGGGGUGUCCCUCACGGGGCAGCGGCGGGCCCUGACGCAGGAGCAGUGCCGAAAGUCCUUCCUGCGGCGCAACAGGAACCCGCACAUCAACGAGAGGGUGCACGCCGUGCGGGCCCUGCAGAGCACGCUCAAGGCGAAGCUGGCGGAGCUGCAGGCCCUGGAGCAGCUGCUGGGAGAGGCCGCGCUCACCUCGGACACCUUCAGGCGCUGGAAGGAGGAGCACCAGGAGCUGUACCAGGAGCUGCGGGAGGGCUGGGCAGGGCAGCAGGGCCAGGGCCACGAGCAGGGGGGUGCUGGAGACCGGCACAGCCCCCACGGAGAGGCAGCUGAGCCCUGACGUGCCGCCAGGCCCUGGCGUGGGUCGGUGCCCGCAGGACUCGGGGUACGGUGGGCACUCUGUGCUCGAACACAUCGUGUGUUCGUGAACAUGUCAUGUUUUGGAAGGCUCAGCCCCCAGAGGGGCCAUCCCGCAGGGGAUGUGGCUCCUUAAUUUUAAGUGACUGUCUUAAUUUUUCUUUGCCUUGGCUGCAGGUUGGCAAAGGGGGAUUUUCAGCCCCUGCUGUGGUGCUGCCAGCCGGCCCAGCCGCGGGCACUUCUGCUGUAAAUAAACGUGUUGACAAGG